GCUUAAACUACAUUUCCCAUGAAGCCACCGAGGUACCUCCGCACUCGCCGUAUCCAGGAAGUUGAGAGUAGUUGUCAAGUAAACAUUUAACGGGACCGAGUGGUGACAAAGAUGGAUGAAUUAUCUUUUUCACAAUACGAGGGGAAUAUUUCAUAUUUCCAUCGUAGGUGUUAUUAGCAGAGAAGAAUGGAUGCCGCGUGUGUAAAACGGGAGGUUCGGCCUGGUUCUGGCCGGGUCCAGGUGACUGUGAUGGAUGAAUCAGGCCCCCUCAACCCAGCUCCUACCACCAAAGUCCGUGAGGAGGCUGACAAAACAGUGGAACUCUAUCCGCUCCAGGAGAGGCUGGAAUUACUGUGUGGAACAAAAGAUCUGUCACGGGUGACCUCACUGGAAAUCUGCGUGGAUACUCAAGAAAACAGCCUGGGUAACUUUGGUUCUUACUUGCCCAGGCUGGUGCUGCUCAGAAUGAACAACAGUGUACUCACAUCUGUACGAGACCUGGGAAUCACCCUAUCCCACCUGCAGGUUCUUUGGAUGUCUUGCUGCAGCCUACAAGACUUGGAUGGCAUUUCGACUCUCUCUUCUCUCAGGGAAUUGUACUUGGCCUUUAACAAAGUGACAGACUUGAGUCAGGUUGGCAUGCUGGAGAACCUACAAGUGUUAGAUCUUAAAGGAAAUAAUGUCGAUGACCUUGUCCAGGUUCAAUAUCUUGGGUUGUGUGGCAAACUACAGACCCUCACCUUGGAAGGAAACCCUGUGUGUCUGCGGCCAAACCCCACUACCACACAAAUUGACUAUAGUUAUUGUGACGUAGUGAAGGAGUUGGUUCCACAGCUGCGUUACCUUGACAAUGCAAGAGUGGAGGAUGGCAGGUUGGGCUCGAGCAGCACCAUGUGGGAAGACUGGGCUAUUCUCCGAAACUGCCUAAGGGACUUCUCUCCAGCACCGACUAAAGACCAAGCGGAGGCAAACUGUGCAUAUAGCUGGCCCAACUCAGCCAGGCAUCCUGCCUCCAGCUUCCAGCCCCUGUCAUCGGCAAGCACAACUGGCUCCAGACCUGUAUCGGCAACCUCAUCUGGGUUUCUUUGCUCCCCAGUGUCCACACCUUGUUCUGUGGAUUCAGACUUAGCUGAAGUCGAAGAAGACAGCAGCGUCUUGACGCAUGGAGCUGGCAAGAUUCUGUUCUGUGGAAACCCUGUCAGGGCUAUACGAGCAAGGCGUGAAAAGUUGAGGACUGCACCCUGUAUGUCGACCUUUAUCCCUCAAGACACUGAUACGAAAGAGAGUGGUGAUGUGCUUGCUGAAGUUAGAGCUUGGAGGGAGAAACACAGCAGGCGUCUCCAAGCAAUACAAAGAGAAAGAUUAUCGCAGCUACUGGUUGUUCGGCAAGGCAACGACAAUGAAGAGGCCGAUGAUGAUGAGGAGGAAGUGGAAGGAUUUGAUGGUAUUAGCAGCAACAGUUGUGCUGAAGAGCAUUGUGUGGAUAGCCUAGACACAAGCCCAUCAAAAUCAUCAUAUUUCAAGUCUGUUUGCACAGAUGAGUUUAAAUCCAAGUCAGCUGAUGUGGCUCAACUUUUCUGUGACAUCACACAUUCGCCUUGUCCUCCUCUAAAUUCCAAAUCAGCCUCUGUGAGGAAGAAGCCCAUAGGAAUCCGUGCACGUAGGAUUCAAUUCAACCUGGCCAAUUCAGAACACAAGCUUCAUUCCUGCAGUGAGGGGCACAAAGUUGUGACGGCCACAAUUACUGCACCGACAGACCUGCCUUUUGAGCAGCAGGUGACAAGGACAAAUACAUUUCGUCCAUCAUCGCCGACAGGAGGACGGCUCAACAAUUCAUGUAUAGAGAUGGACUUGUGCAGCCUGGCAACAAAAGUGAACUGUCAAAGCUCCUGGACAGAGCGGCGGCUUCAAGUCUCUUCAGAGUGAGCACACAUUAAGACUGACACCAGAAUUAACCAAGUCCAGACUGGAGAUGUUAUUCAUAUGCUUUGUUGAAACCUCUUCCUCAAAGGUGACAAUACUCAUUCAACACUUGAGGCCCUCCCACAAAGGUGUAAAAACAAAGACAAAUCACUUGACAAAUAACUGUCAUUGUGUCUUACCCUGACAUGUUACUGUUACAUCUCUUAACAUGACCUUUUAAUAGAAAGCAUAACUGAAAAAAGUGCUGUGCAGAAAUGAUAAAACAGCAGGGUUUUUGUUUUUUUCAAUUUUGUUUUGAGGAUGAUUUUUGCAUAUUUUUCUUGAAAGAUAUUUUUAUGCUACUUAUGUUGUACAUUAUACGAAUAAAAAAAAUUUGAUUGCA